CUGCUCUGCGUUUUCGCCCCUGCGAUUAGAUAAGCCUUGGCUGGAGAGCACAGUCUGUUUAGCUAUUAGUCACCAGGCGGGACCACUAUUUGGAAUGAUAUAUUUUCUUCUCGGCCGCCCUCUUUGCUUCCACCAUCCAACAGAGCAAUCCAAGCAAACUCACCACCAGCCUUCCACCGCAACGCCUCUUUUUGUCGUAUCAAGUCCGGCACUUUUUCGAUACCCCGAGGUUUUUUUUUAAAAGAAGGAAUCAGAGAAAAAGGAAGCAAACAUGGCUGUCAGAGCGCAAUUUGAGAACUCCAACGAAGUUGGUGUCUUUUCCACCCUCACAAACUCUUACGCCCUCGUGGCGGUCGGUGCCAGCGAAAACUUCUACAGCGUGUUCGAGGCCGAGCUCCAGGAUGUCAUUCCCAUCUGCAGAACGACGAUUGCCGGCACGCGGAUCAUUGGGCGGUUAACAGCUGGUAACCGAAAAGGUCUUCUCGUCCCCACCACAACCACCGACCAAGAACUCCAACACCUCCGCAACUCCCUCCCCGACGAAAUUCGCAUACAGCGCAUCGAGGAGCGUCUCUCGGCCCUCGGCAACGUCAUCGUCUGCAACGACCACACAGCCCUCGUCCACCCCGAUCUAGAGCCUGAGACGGAAGAGAUCAUCGCUGAUGUCCUCGGUGUGGAAGUUUUCAGGCAAACCAUUGCCGAUCACGUGUUGGUGGGCACAUACAUGGCGCUGAGCAACCAAGGCGGUCUGGUGCACCCCAAGACGAGCAUUCAGGACCAGGACGAGCUGAGCAGCUUGCUGCAGGUACCUCUUGUGGCGGGCAGUGUCAACAGAGGUAGCAAUGUUAUUGGCGGCGGCAUGGUGGUGAACGACUGGAUGGCGGUGACGGGGUUGGAUACCACAGCGCCGGAACUCAGCGUGAUUGAGAGUGUGUUCAGGCUGGGUGAGGGUGCGGCGCCGGGGGCGAUUAAUACGACCAUGAAGGAGACGAUGGUGGAGUCGUUCUACUGAGGGGUUCAGUUCACUGCAAAAAGGACAUGGCUAUGGUUUUUGUGGUAGCGGGUGGUUUUAGCUCGUGGUAGGAUGGUCAACACUAAAUA